AUGAAUUUGCUAAUUUCUUUAUUGCUAUUAAGUAUUUCCUUAGUAUUAGGGUCAUCUCCAAGUGGUGGAUAUGCUCCAGGAAUCGUUCAAUGUCCUAUCAAUUCCAAUUCCAAUUCAAGUUCAAGUUCGAGUCGGAAUACAACUUUUUCAUUUAUCCGUGAAGCCGAUUCCAUAUCUGAUUUAGAAAAACAAUGGAUUAAACAAAGACAAUUAAAAGUUAACAAAUCUUUAAUUGAAUUUUUAAAAUCAGCCAAUUUAUCAAAUUUUAAUCCUCAAAAUUUCAUUGAUGCAAAAGAUUACCAGGGGAUUAAUUUAGGUUUAGCAUUUUCUGGUGGGAGUUAUCGUGCCAUGCUUAAUGGUGCUGGUCAAUUAAUGGCAUUAGAUUCAAGAUCAUCAUCAUCUCCUUCAGAGUCAGGAUCAGGAUCAGGAUCAUUAGGAGGGAUUUUACAAAGUGCUAAUUAUAUUGGUGGAUUAUCUGGUAGUUCUUGGUUACUUGGAUCAUUAGCAAUGCAAGGAUGGCCAACUGUCGAAGAAGUUGUUUUUGAAAAUCCCCAUGAUGUAUGGAAUUUGACUAGUUCUAGACAAUUGGUCAAUCAAACGGGAUUAUGGACUAUUGUGUUCCCCGUCAUGUUUGAUAAUAUGAAUAAGGCAUUAAGUCAUAUGAAUUUUUGGGACAAUAAUGCUGAUGGGAUUAAAUUUGAUUUAGAAGCCAAAGAGAAAGCUGGGUUUGAAACUUCUUUGACCGAUGCAUGGGCAAGAGGUUUAGCUCAUCAAUUGUUUCCCAAAGGUAAAGACAAUUAUGGUAGUAGUGAAACUUGGAGUGAUAUUAGAAACAUUGAUGCAUUUGCCAACCAUGACAUGCCUUUCCCCUUUGUUACAGGAUUAGGAAGAAAACCAGGUACAACGGUUUAUAAUUUGAAUUCUACUGUUAUUGAAAUGAAUCCAUUUGAAUUUGGUUCUUUUGAUCCUUCAUUGAAUACAUUUACUGAUAUAAAAUAUUUGGGUACUAAUGUUAGUAAUGGUGUCCCCGUUGAUUCAUGUGUUAAUGGUUUUGAUAAUUCUGGUUUUAUUGUUGGAUCUUCAUCUUCCUUGUUUAAUCUGUUUUUGAAUACUUUGGUUUGUGAUAAUUGUAAUUCAUUGAGUUCUGUCAUCAAAUGGAUACUCAAAAAAUUCUUGACUUAUUUAUCUAAAGCUCAUGAAGAUGUGGCUCUUUACAAACCAAAUCCAUUUUUCAAUUCCCAAUACGCCAAAUCGGAUAAUAUCACUACCAGUGACACAUUAUAUGUUAUAGAUGGCGGGAUUGGAGGUGAAGUUAUACCAUUGUCUACAUUAAUGGUAAAAGAAAGAGCUUUAGACAUUGUGUUUGCCUUUGAUAGUGAUACCAACACCAAAACAAAUUGGCCAGAUGGAUCAGCAUUGAUUUCAAGCUAUGAACGUCAAUUUUCUCAACAAGGGUCUUCUAGUAUUUGUCCUUAUGUCCCCGAUACGAAAACAUUUUUGGAAAAAGGGUUAACUGCAAAACCAACAUUUUUUGGAUGUGAUGCCAAAAAUUUGACUGCAUUAGAGAAAGAUGGUGUUAUCCCUCCAUUAGUGGUUUAUUUUGCCAAUAGACCUUAUGAAUAUUAUUCAAAUGUUAGUACAUUUGAUUUGACAUUUACUGAUGAACAGAAAAAGGGUCUUAUCAAGAAUGGAUUUGAUGUUGCCACCAGAUUAAAUGGAACCAUUGAUCCUGAAUUUAAAAGUUGUAUUGCUUGUGCUGUUAUUAGAAGAGAAGAAGAAAGACGUGGUAUUGAACAACUGGAUCAAUGUAAGAAAUGUUUCAAAAAUUAUUGUUGGGAUGGUACUUAUGCUAGCGGACCUGCUGAAAAUUAUGUCAAUUUUACUGAUUCAAGUUUAACUAAUGGAAGCACAGUCUUUUAUGGUAAAGCAGACGCAAAAGUUUCUUCAUCAAAAGGUGGAUUGUUUGGAUUCUUGAAAAGAGAUACUCAAAACAACGAUGAGAAAGAAGAAUUUAUCGGUGUUGUACGUGAAAGUAACUCUGAUAGUUUGAAAUUAUCCAAAUAUUUAACAAUUGCAUCAUUAUUUGCUUUGUAUUUGGUAAUUAUGUGA